AUGGAGGAGGGAGGACGGGGGCUGCUGCAGGCUCCGCCGCCGCCUUCCCCGGGCCCCAGCAGCGCGGAGCGGGCGGGCUGGGGCGCGGCGGAGGACCACGGGCUGCUCGCCUCCUCCGCGGGUGCGGGUGCGUGUGCUUGUGUGUGUGCCUGCGUGUAUGUGUGCGGUGCUGUUGUUGCCCUGGAUCAGGCUUUUCCACGUCAUGAAAAUGAGCUUCAAGAAGGGGAACGAAUGAAGGGGGCGCGCUUGGGGGGGGGGGGAAGCCGAACUCUUGAAGGAAAUCAAAGAUGCUGUAACUGCAAGCGCCAGCUGAGCUGCAGGGGAGGAGGGCGGCCCGGUGGGUUCCGGCGAGGGGCCGCGGGGUCCAGGCCAGGCCGCCCGGCUCCCCCCGCUGCUCACCGGCGCCUCCUCCCCCCGUCCCUCUCCUUCCUUCCCGUGCCGGUGCCGAGCCGCGGCUCCAGCCUCGCAGCCUCUCCAGGAGCCAGCAGUCUCCCGCCCGCCACGCAGGCGAAGCUAAAAUCCUCGGGGGAACAGACCCGGCACCGUUCGCAUCCUUCCACCGCGGAGCGUGCGCGGAGGCGAAGGGCCGCGCCCGCGGAGGGCAGCGCCGCCGACCGGUAUCUGCCUGCCCCGGGAGCCGGAGACAGGAAACCUCUGGAGCCUUCUUGCCUCGGGCAGUCUCCUGAAGAUGUGGUGAUGGGCUGGGAUCUUGCAUCAGCGAUCAGCAGUUUCUGCUGCCUUGUUUGCAAUGAGUUUUGGUCACAUCACUUAAACCUACCUAAAAGAAGGAGAAAGAAAGAGAGAAAUGACUGUUCAGCAAACUUCAGGAGAAUUAUGAAGUUAUCCAGCCUCAGAAGGAUUUUAGGCAGCUUUAUAUUGCCCAGCACAGCUCAUAUUUAUAUCAUCUGUCUUGGUGCUGAAAUGAACUAAGGUAUGGGCCUGACAGAGAAAAGUACCUCUACUGAAUGAUGUAUCUAAAAAAUCUGGUUUGGUUGUGGCUGAAUGAAUCAGAAAAGAGAGUUGCUAGCUUCACAGAAGAUGAAAUUUGCUAUAGUAUAUUCAAGGUAAGCAAGAACUAGAUAAUGCUCAAAAAAAAUGUACAAGGAGGAAAACAAUCAGUAAAAGGCUAGGAUUUUUUUAAAAGUUAAACACUUCAAUGUGAGCUUAUUUAUGUCCAAAUUACUGCUUGAACUUGGAGGAGGAAAAACUGCAGCAAUAUGGAAGGUUGUGCUGCAAAUGUAACUGAUAUUCUAGACAAAAACAUAAACAUAUUCUAAUUCAGUAUAAUUGUACAAUUGUGCCUGGAUUUUGGAUAUGUGAGACACUUUUAGAAAGUCUUCCAAGAACCUGGAGAUAUUCUGAAGCAUAAUGCUCUGUCAGUGAAGAUUUAUCUACAGUUUCACCUGAUAAGAUUUCUCAUCUUGUUUUUAACAGCAUAAUUUAGCAUACUCAGCAUGCUGUAUUGCAUUCAUAUAUGUAAAGAACUGGAUUGAUUAUCUUCAGGCUUCCUGCCACUAAACUCAACAAAUCAGCUGCUCAUGAUUCCAGCAAAUGACUGCUCUUUUGUUUUUUAGUGCUCCAAGAGAAAUUGAACUGCAAAGCUUUGGCUGAGAAGCUAAGGACUUGUUUAGAAACUCCUGAAAGAUGAAAGAGAUAUAACUGCUGUUAUAAUUAGCAUAGUAGUACAGCAAAAUAUGAGAGGGUUAUAGUAUCUUGGCGAACCCAAAGAAACUGAGCUCCAUUUCUCUUGGUGUCUUUUCUGUUGUGGUAGAUCAGCUGAUGUGUAUUGCAUUUAACGGUAAUAUCCACUUGUAAAAAAGCUGAUGGAGGCUCGUCUGCUUCUUUGCAGACCUCGGGAAGGUCCUGGAACACAUACUCAUUAAUUUUGUUGUCUAAUGUGGGCAGGAUGGGAAUUCCUUCAGCCAGCAAGGGUUUUCUGAGAGCAUACUUGGCUAACUUGACUGCCCUCCAUGCUAGGCUCUCUGGAGUCUACAUGGAGCUUUCCCAACCUCCUCCACUGUAAGCCAAGCAGUCUGUGUUGGAUUAUGAACCCCUUAAAGUGGCCCAACCUUGCCUGAAAGGUUCUCUGGGAAGGAAAUUAUAAAACUGUGGAACAAACUCUUCUUGGUCCUGGUAGCUGGGAAGUUGAUGAACGCCACAGAGACUUCCAGACUAGGAAGCACUGGGUUGGGUCACCCAGAGUAACUGUGAUGUAUCCAGACUUGGGGCCUUUCAAGACCCACUGAGAUAAAAGACACUGCUGACCUGAUCUCAUGCUGCAUCAGUCCUGCAUCAGGCAGGAGGUUGGGUUAGGUGUCCUCCAGAGGUCUUCAUAGAAUCACAGAACGGUUUGGGUUGGAAGACACCUUCAAGAUUAUCUAGUUCCAACCCUCCUGCCAAAGGCAGGGACACCAUUCACUACAGCACGUUGCUCAAAGCCCUAUCCAACCAGGUCCUUGCCCGUCAACAUGCCAGGUCCAUCACAGUCAACUGCGAUACAAUUCUGUGAAAAGAAAAGAAGAAAAGGGAAAAGAGAAAAAAGGAGAAGAGAAGAAAAGAAAGAGAAGAAAAGAGAAGGAGAAGAGAAAAAAAGAAAAGAAUAGAAAAGAAAAGAAAAGAAAAGAAAAGAAAAGAAAAGAAAAGAGAAAAGAGAAGAAAAGAGAAGAGAAUAAAAGAGAAGAUAAGAAAAGAGAGAAGAGAAGAGAAAAAAGAAAAGAAAAGAAAAGAAAAGAAAAAAGAAAAGAAAAGAAAAAAAGAAAAGAAAAGAAGAAAAGAAAAGAAAAGAAAAGAAAAGAAAAGAAAAGAAAAGAAAAGAAAAGAAAAGAAAAGAAAAGAAAAGAAAAGAAAAGAAAAGAAAAGAAAAGAAAAGAAAAGAAAAGAAAAGGAAAGAUUAGUAGGAUCAAGGAACUGCGGUCAGAAAAUAGGGUGGAAAUCAAGCAAAAUAUAAUUUGGUUUAGAUUAUCCUGGACUAGGUAGGACAGAAAACCAAUCAGACAUGGCAAAAUCUUUGAACCCAUUGAAGAGAGAAGUUCUGGUUCAGUGAGCUGAUAACAUCAGGAGUCAACACUGAUAAAACCACUAUCCAUUGAAAGAUCUUCAAGACAAGACCUGUUCCAUUCCUAGCAUUAGAACACAAUUACACACACAGACUAUAUAUGCAGAAAAGAACAAGGAUAUUUACAUUUAGGUAUUGAACUAUACUGAGCACCUCAUUACUGCAUCACAGACAGCAACCAUAUCUAUUGAUACUACUCAUUUUAUAUUUGAGCAGCACCUACCCUGGAGGUCAGUCUCUGAGGUAGUAUCAUAAUGUCAGAUGUGACAUUACUGGCAUUAAACUUUUACUUGAGUAGGGUAUAGUGGCAGACAAAACAACAGGGAAAUAGACAGAGGAGAUUGAAAGAAAGGAGAAAUCACAUACUAAUUAUUCUCUAUCUUAUCUUGCUGCUGUAGUUCCUGGAUGAGGCACACAGUUAAAGUGCUUUACAAACACAUGACAAAAAUGGCCUCUAUCCAAACCAGCUUACAUUAAAUUUCCCAAAAUAGAAAAAAGAAACCCCUCUCUUUUCAAAGUUAAUGCAGUUAUCCAUGUCUUCCUAAGCCUGGAUGAAUCCCACAUGACUUUAGAGUGACAUAGAAGUAGCAGAAAUUAAAAUAUCAAGAAGGAAAAUCAGGUCUUUGACAGAACGAGGCACCCUUUAUCUCUCUCUACUCCACAAAGACUCUUUCAGAUGCUCCCUUUCAGUUGAGACGUAACAAUUUGGCAUGGUGUAUCUAGGCCCCAUGUCCAGUACAGGAAUUAAUCCAUGUUUGAUCCAUUAUCACAAAAACUUUGGCUGCCUUCUCAGCUGAUUACACAUGAUUAAUGUAUUUCUGCAAGCAACAACGAAUCAUGCUCAAUGAGUAAUAUAUGGUGCUUGAGUAAAGUGCAUGUGAUAUUAAAAUCCUGGGACUGACGUAGUUCCCGGUAGAGGCCUAGGUGUGGCUGAGGUUAGGUUAAAAGAAAAUGUGUCAAACAUAGCUUGUUUCCUAACAUAGAACAAGGCUUCUGGUGUCCACACGGGACAGACACAAGCUCCUGUAUGUGUGGCACCCAGGCUGUUCAUUAGAGACAGUGUUGUUAUGUUAGAAUUGACUACUAGGGGCUAAAGACCAAAACAAACCAAAAUAAACACAAAACAUGUUUCUAAGGAGAAAUACAGUACAUUUACACUUUAUGGUAAAAAAAUAGGUUGUAAACUCCUCAGGGAGGAUUUGUAUAUUCCUAUGUGUUUUUAUGAUGCUAAACUUGCAUUCCAAGUCGUAUUUAUGACUGUAGUACAAAUAAUAAACAUUAACAAUUAUAAUCAAAGAACAGAUGAUAAAUGAUGGGUAUAUUUUUUUAAUUCUGCAUUCAGAAUACAUUGCUUUUUUCAUUGCAAAGAUGUCGUGUAUAGACCACUGUAUAGUUACCGUGUUAUUAGAUUAACAACAUGCUUUUAUAGUUCAAUUGUUAUCACUGCGUGUCACAAUCCUUACAUUAUUUGAAGUAUACUGUUUUGCUACUUAAUUGUUCUUGAUCUCAGUUUAUCUUGUUAUUCUAAAGUAAAAUUAUGGAGAAACAGCCAGAAUUCUUUUUUUUUUUUUUUUAAGAGAGAGUUUUGCAUUUUAAAAUAUAAAUUCAGAUGAAGCCUUGAACCUUUCAUUAAAAUAUUAAAAGUUUUAAAACGUUGCUGAUGGAUUUAUGUUUAUGGCAAUGAAAGCAUUUAAAUAAUUUAUGGGAAAUGUUUAAACUGUUUUAACUGUGGGGGAAAUUGUGCCAACAGUUGCCUUAGUGUAAGUUUGGAAUAGCUGUAUCAACAGACUGUCAGAUUAAAACAAAUUUAAACACAAUCAGAAUUUAGGUUGUGCCUUAUUUCUGUUUAUACUGGACAGGCUUUUUACUAAUAGCUUUAGGAGACCCUUUUUAAAGAAACAAAAUUAAAAAAUGCUAUAAUGUAAUUAUUUGGCUAAUUAACUACUGUAUUUCAUAAUUCUUCCAGGAUCAAUUUUCUUCAUAAAUUCAGAUAAAUAAUUUAAAAUUAACUAUGUCUGAGAAUACCUCCAAGUUGUUUUCCUGCUCUAUAAUGCAGAAUAUCUUUUGCAGAAGUAUGUCUGAGACCUUGAUGAGGAAGGGCAGGUGUAUAGGACAUUUGUAUCUUGCUGGUAGGACAUACCUAUGCAGUGAAGUUGUUGCAGAUCAAGCACU